GGGUUCUUUCUUUCAGAAGAGGAUGACGUCAGGAUAUUGACAAUAUUAUUCCGUCGAAAACGACAGAUAUUUGGGGGCGGAAUAUUUCUUGUUGUAUCAAGUUUAUGUAUUCUUCACUUAAAACAGAAAGGGUUCGAAGGUAAAUUCUACAAACUGUCAAAAUGUCGUCACCAGUAAACGGAGUUCCUGCAUCCAAUAGCGACGAUGACAUGCGUCGUGACCUACAGAACAUACAGAUGCAGAGCAACCAAGUCACCGAUGAGUCCUUGGAGAGCACAAGGCGAAUGCUUAAUAUGUGUGAAGAGUCUCAAGACGUUGGCAUUAAAACCAUUGUUAUGUUGGACCAACAAGGGGAACAAUUGGAUCGAAUUGAGGAGGGUAUGGACCAAAUCAACCAGGACAUGAGGGACGCAGAAAAAAACUUGGAGGGCCUGGAAAAAUGCUGUGGGCUCUGUGUGUUACCAUGGAAACGAGCUAAGAACUUUGAGAGGGGAGGUGACUAUGACAAGACAUGGAAGGCCUCUGAGGACGGGAAAGUAAACACGAAUGGACCUAGAGUGAUAGUGGGGGAGAACGCUGGACCCCAGGGACCAAUCAUCACCAGGAUAACUAAUGAUGCUAGAGAGGAUGAAAUGGAGGAAAACCUGACGCAAGUCAGCGGUAUGCUGGGUAAUCUGAGGAACAUGGCCAUUGACAUGGGCAGUGAGAUCGAGUCCCAGAACAGACAGAUCGACCGCAUUAACAACAAGGGAGGAUCCAAUGUGGAGCGUAUUAUUGAGGCCAAUAAACGAGCCAAUCUUUUGCUUAAAGAUUAACAACAGACAUCAACAGUACACAGUCGAAUGAAUCUAGGAUUCAGGAAGCAAACCAGAGAGCAAGAAAGAUCCUAAAGGAUAACUAACUCUUACUGUUGAUGUUGCAUUCCUUUCAUUGAUUGUUUUACAGUAGAUAAUGUCAUUAUUUUCUCUACUUGCUGUGUCAGUAUAUUUAUACAUAUUCAUGUAACAAUGUUUAGAUCAUUAGGCAAACCAUUUCAUGUUCCAAGUCAUGUCUGAGAUAUGGUCAUUGUUCAGUGCACAAUAGUUGUGAUGCAGAAUCUUGAGUAAGUUACGGUUUUACUUCGAGCUGUCCCAGGGUUAAUAAGGUCAAGUCCCUACCCCCAGGCUGAGGGGGUAUGGGGGAGGGGUAGUGCUGUUUGUGUUUUGUUGUUUUUGUGUAUAAAUUUCCAAGUCUUUAUUGAAUGGAGUCACAUAGAUUAAAUAAAAUUCUUCUCCAACUUUGGUUACAUAUAAAUGGUAAAUUUAAAAGAAAAAAAUUGGAUAAGAAAAAGCUGCAGCAAUGUUAUAAAUAGUAAAACAAAGCGAAUGUCAACACAAAAAAAUCAUGCAUCUAUGUGGGUCUAGUUUUUGUUGUGAAUAUAUAUGUGUUUUCCCAACAAAACUCCUCAGUUUUAUUUUACAAGGGAAGUAUGUAUUCUCAAUUGUUAAAUAUGUAAAAAAAAAAAAAUUAAUAUUGCAUAAGGUAUUUUGGAAUUAUUAAAGGCUAGUGUAUAAGAACUGCUUUAAUCUAGAACCUAUCAUAUUCUUUAAUUUGAUAAACACAUAUCAAAUAAUUUAAUUCUCUUUCAUAACAAGCUGCAUAUUGAAUAUACAUAUACUUCCCUUUGUAUUUUUGUAUUGAUUUGAUAGUUGCCUUUUAUUUUCAGUAAUUAUAUUCAAUCUCAACUGAAAACAUGUCUUCUUCAAAAUCCUUGAUUUAAAAAAAAAAUUGAACAAAAUGACAAGAUGGAAAAACAAAUAAAAAGAUAUAUGUUUUAAAAUUACAUAAAGCCAGCUGCAGAAGACAUUUUAGCCUGACUGUUAUGUAGUUGGCAUGUUUUAAAUUUUGAGGGUUUUUUUAUCAGUUGAGUAAGUUUCAGACACAUAAUCUCUCGAAAUAUUUUAAAUGCAAAUUAAAAUGAUGGGUUUUUUUUAAAGACAAUAUGCUAUACUUUUCAGAAUUGUGUCUUUAUACAUGUAUUUUCAUGACUUGAAAACAUUGGGGUUUUUUGGAUUGAAAGCAGUGGUUUUAUUUUGUGUCUGAAACUUCACACUAGAUCUGUAUUGUUUGUGUUUUUCGUUGCAAUGCAUGGGUUUUACCUUCUUGUUUCUUUUAUUUUUGCACCACAGGGUACUCAUUUGAACGAUCGUGUAGACGCAGCCAACAAGAGAGCAGUCAAAAUUCUUCGUGACCAAUGAAAUCUCUCCUUCUACAUGUUAAACAAAUUCUGUGCUCCAAGAUGCCAAAUCAAAAAUUAUGUUUAUAAAACCAGUCUGUUAAGGGACACAACUCAUGAACAAACUUUAUACUUGAGAUUGUUAAGUACGACUUGCUCCAUCAUUUGAUUUAUGAGUUUAAAUUCAUUUACCAUUACAUGAAUCGAUGAACGAUAUCUUAAGUUUUUGCAAAUUUCUCGGUUUCACAGAUGUGAUACAGUUAAAAGUACAUUUAGCUGAUCAGUAUCAAAUGAAACUUUCUAAGCAAGAUUAUCAUCUGUAUCCGUUUACUGAGUUAGAACUAUACUGGUAUUUGUUAGACAAUUUAGCUUCCUUUUUUCUUUGAAAUGAAAUAGAUUACCGUAGUUUAAUUAUUUAUAUUAUAGACAUUUAUCUAUCAGUAAAGUACAGGUACCCCCAUAAGAUAUGUGUUGUUGCUGUUGCAUGCAUAACUUUUCUGUGUCCUGAAGCUUCAUUUAUAUAAAGUUCAUGUGGGGCAUACAAUGUGCAAUAUGCUAAUUCCAAUUACCGUAUAAUUUGCAUUUUUUUCAUCUACGAUGACUAUAUCAAUCAGAAAUAGGAUCAGGUGAUAGAAUUAGAGUAGUCACCCAUUCCAUCUCAUGCAAAUGUCAAGUUUGUUUUAUUGUAGAUAUUUUUAUUUUUAUUUUUUCAUUCAUGUUGAACACCUUGUGGUUAGAUAGUAUAAAUUAGAUUAUGCAAACUGUUGUUUUGCGUGAAAUCUGAUUUAUCAUGUAAAAGCUCAGAAUUGCCGUAUACGUUACAGUAUGUAAUCAUGAACAACAUAAAGAAUCGAAACAUUCAAUUACAGAUGUAAAAUGUACAGAACUGUUAUUUAGUAUUAUUAAUAUUUAGCAGUACUGUAUCUGUAUUAAAUUUGUUCACUAUUUAUAGAUGGAUCUUUUCAAAUAUUGUAAAGUUUGUGAUAAAUUGCUGCUUGUUAUUAUAAAGUAUCUCUUAGUAAGAACUACACAUUAAAUAGAUUGGUGAUCCAUAGAGGUGCAUCAAAUGAAAAGCUGCUUUCAAAUACUAUGUAAGAGAACACAUUUUUAACACUAUGAUUUUAUGUAUACUCAUGUUAUAAAAUUAAACAUUUCAUGAUGCAAGAA